UGUGCCUACCCAUGCCUGUAUUGUAUGUCUGCUUUCAGGUCCUGCACCCAUGCACUUGCCCCUGUGUCUUAUAGAGCGUGCUGGCCCCUGGAGCCCUCCCUGGUGGGCCCCCACCUCCAGCCCUGUCCUUGGGUUUCCCACAGUCCCUGGCUUGGAUCCCACCAUAAAAGCGACCGUCUAGAGGAGUCCCAGGAGCAGCCAGGACAGGCGGAAGCAGUGGCUGCCAUGGAGGAGGACAAGCUCUUAUCUGCAGUGCCUGAGGAAGGCGAUGCCACCCGUGACCCCAGCCCAGAGCCUGAAGAGGAGCCAGGGGUCCGGAAUGGGAUGGCCAGUGAGGGCCUGAACAGCAGCCUCUGCAGCCCAGGGCAAGAGCGAAGGGGCACCCCAGCGGACACUGAGGAACCCACGAAGGACCCAGAUGUGGCCUUCCAUGGCCUCAGCCUUGGCCUCUCUCUCACCAAUGGCCUAGCCCUGGGGCGAGACUUGAACAUUCUGGAAGAUUCAACAGAGUCCAGGCCCUGGAGGGCUGGCAUGCUGGCGGAGGGGGACGAUGCUUCCAGGAGCCUCUGCCCAGAUGCUGAGGACCCUCAGCUGGGGUUGGAUGGUCCCGGGGAGCCAGAUGUGCGGGAUGGCUUCAGCGCCACGUUUGAGAAGAUUCUGGAGUCAGAGCUGCUGCAGGGCACCCAGUACAGCAGCCUUGACUCCCUAGACGGGCUGAGCCUCACGGAUGAGAGCGACAGCUGCGUCAGCUUCGAGGCCCCCCUCACACCCCUCAUCCAGCAGCGGGCCCGUGACAGCCCCGAGCCAGGGGCUGGGUUGGGCAUUGGGGAUAUAGCAUUUGAGGGGGACAUGGGGGCAGCUGGUGGUGAUGGGGAGCUGGGCAGCCCCCUGCGGCGCUCCAUCUCCAGCAGCCGCUCCGAGAAUGUCCUGAGCCGCCUGUCUCUCAUGGCCAUGCCCAAUGGAUUCCAUGAAGAUGGCCCCCAGGGCCCAGGGGGGGACGAGGAUGAUGAUGAUGAGGACACGGACAAGUUGCUGAACUCAGCCAGUGACCCCAGCCUGAAGGACGGCCUGUCAGACUCAGACUCUGAGCUCAGCAGCUCAGAGGGGUUGGAGCCUGGUAGUGCAGACCCACUGGCCAAUGGGUGCCAGGGGGUCAGUGAAGCUGCUCGUCGGCUGGCACGCCGUCUCUACCACCUCGAGGGCUUCCAGCGCUGUGAUGUGGCCCGGCAGCUGGGCAAGAACAACGAGUUUAGCAGGCUGGUGGCCGGGGAGUACCUCAGUUUCUUCGACUUCUCGGGCUUGACUCUGGACCGAGCACUCAGAACAUUCUUGAAGGCCUUCCCGCUGAUGGGGGAGACACAAGAGCGUGAGCGGGUCCUCACACACUUCUCCCGCCGGUACUGCCAGUGCAACCCUGAUGACAGCACUUCGGAAGAUGGGAUCCACACGCUCACCUGUGCCCUGAUGCUGCUCAACACGGACCUGCACGGCCACAACAUUGGCAAAAAGAUGUCCUGUCAGCAAUUCAUUGCCAACUUGGACCAGCUGAAUGAUGGCCAAGACUUUGCCAAAGACCUGCUGAAGACCCUUUACAACUCCAUCAAGAAUGAAAAGCUGGAAUGGGCCAUCGAUGAGGACGAGCUGAGGAAAUCCCUGUCUGAGCUGGUGGAUGACAAGUUCGGGACAGGGACGAAGAAGGUGACGCGAAUCCUGGAUGGUGGCAACCCCUUCCUGGAUGUCCCACAGGCGCUCAGUGCCACCACCUAUAAGCACGGCGUCCUGACCCGGAAGACUCACGCUGACAUGGAUGGCAAGAGGACGCCCCGUGGGAGGCGUGGCUGGAAGAAAUUCUACGCAGUGCUCAAAGGGACCAUCCUGUACCUGCAGAAGGAUGAGUACAGGCCUGACAAAGCUCUAUCGGAGGGUGACCUGAAGAACGCCAUUCGUGUGCAUCACGCUCUGGCCACCAGGGCCUCUGACUACAGCAAGAAGUCCAACGUGCUCAAGCUUAAGACGGCUGACUGGAGGGUAUUCCUCUUCCAGGCACCGAGCAAGGAAGAAAUGCUGUCCUGGAUCCUCAGGAUCAACCUGGUGGCAGCCAUCUUCUCUGCCCCGGCCUUCCCAGCCGCUGUCAGCUCCAUGAAGAAGUUCUGUCGGCCCCUGCUGCCCUCCUGCACCACACGCCUCUGCCAGGAGGAGCAACUGCGGUCUCAUGAGAAUAAGUUGAGGCAGCUGACUGCGGAGCUGGCCGAACACAGGUGUCACCCAGUCGAGAGGGGCAUCAAGUCCAAGGAGGCCGAGGAGUACCGGUUGAAGGAGCACUAUCUCACCUUCGAGAAAAGCCGUUAUGAGACCUACAUCCACCUCCUGGCUGUGAAAAUCAAAGUGGGCUCAGAUGAUCUGGAGCGGAUUGAGGCCCGGCUGGCCACUCUGGAAGGGGAUGACCCUUCUCUCCGGAAGACACAUUCAAGUCCUGCCCUCAGCCAGGGACAUGUGACUGGCAGCAAACCCACAAAGGAUGCCACUGGGCCUGAUACUUAGCUGACAUGGAUGUGCAGACCCCAGAGGUGGGCAGAUGUCUCCAGUGGGGUCAGUGAGCACAAUUCCAGCCACGGGCCACUUGGACCAAGCUCCAGUCAGUUGAUGGGCAGCCAGAGGGGUGCGGAAAGCCUGUGGGCCCAGGAGAUGGAGAUGCCGUUUUUGGCGUUGAUCUCCUUGCGUCCUUGGGCAUCUCUGGGCAUCAGACCCUCUCCCUGGCCCUUGUUUUCCUCUCCACCAUGGAGCCUCAUUUUGUAGGCCACUUGUGUGCAUGCUCUAGACACCACCUCGCUGGAGAAGCUGGAAGGGCUGUUGUCUUCCCAGGUCUUUGUCUUCUCAUCAAGCUCCUCUCCUCAUCUUUUUUGUGUGUGAGGACAGGUCUUGACUCUAGGUCUCAGCUGGAACCCCACCCUUUCUCCUCCUCCUUCCUCUGAGUUGACCAGCAGCAGGUCUGCCGACCACCAGCACCAUCCUCUCCUCCCAGCAGCCUCCAGAACCAUGCCCAGGUCUCCUGCCUCACAUCACAAUAAUCUGGGACCCAGGCUUGUGCCCUUUCAGUAUCAAGCUGACUCCACUCACAUGUGCAUCCACCUCUUUUCAUCCAUUGAGAUCACACUGCCUCCUUUUUAUACAGACACAAAUAUACAUCUAUAAGAAUAAUAUAUACAUAAGGAACCCCUGAAAGAUGGUUUUGGAACUAAAAUCAGUUAGCGGAUGAAAUCAGAUAAAGGAAAAGCCUAUUUUGGAGCUUCCCCUGUUAGGAAGGAUGGCUGCACCUGGCCCCCUGGCAUUCCUGAUGCUCUGGGAGGGAAGGGGAGGCAGUUCUGGCCUCCCUUGCCCUGUUUUUCCCUCUUCCAGCUGACCUGUGACUUAUACUGCUCUUACAGAUGAUACUUUUGGAAAAAAUAGAGCGUGUAUGCACCGCCCCAUUUGUCCCAUGGAUAUCCUGGGGUGUGAGUAGGAUGGGACCACGGCCCUGUUUAUAUUUGGGUCUUUAUGUUGGUGCUGCCAGGUCUCUGAGCUCCAGACGUGGCCUCUUGGACAGAUCUACUGCUAUAGGAAUAAAAGACACUCUGCCUCGCAAAUGGCCGCUUGUCAACAAGCCCAAAGAUGCUUGUCGGAGGACAGUUAUGGAAGCCAUUAAUUCUUGGUUGUGGGAAAAGGUGGAACAAUGAGUUAUUGUUUUUCUGUCGCUAUUUCUUUCAUUUGUCUAGUGAAUCAGAAAGGCUUAGCCAAGGCCGCAUCUGGGAAGAGUGGAGAAAUUUGCCACUUGACGAUCACGGAUUAGCUAGCACUUUUAAGCCCUGCAUUUCUCUAACUGACAAAUGGGUGAGGGUGAUGGCACAUUCAGUGUGGCUAUGAAGAGCGAAUCCUCUCUAUUGUUUAAAUAGAUUACUGUAGUUUGGCCAGGAAUUUGGCGUCAGUGGUAACACACUUAGUUAAUAAAAUAAGCCAGGCUUGCAACUAAGUAUCUAACUUUACAGGCCCACUCACAAGGCAAGGGGCUAUUGAGUAUGUGGAGAGAUGUAGUGAUUUAAAUUCAGAUUAUUUAAGUUGGAUCAGCUGAAGUGUGUUUUAGACCCAAACCAUCUGGCCCCUUCGUUUUGCUCAGAGGAAGUAAAUGUUCACUUAAAUGAAACUGAAAACGCAAUGUGGCACCACAAAAGAGCUCUCUGUACUUUCUCCAUGCUGCCUCAAAAGUUCUGUGAUUUUCGGGGUCAGUGUCCCACCCUUCGCUUCCUGAGGGCGGGUGAGUGGAGAGCAGAGCCAGGAGCUCUGGCAGCUGUGGACAGAUGUGCUUCCUGAGCACGGGUUGUGCCUCCCAUCAGUAAAAAAAUGUUUAGUUCACUUCCUUAAUUGUAUAAUUAUUUAUUUGUAAAUUAUAUACAUGUACUACUGUACUAAAAUAUUAUGUACAUUAUAAAACAUACACAAAAAUAGAAAUUUAAAAAAGAUGAGAUGAAAAUAAAUCUAAGUCAAAGUUCUAA